AAAUCCCACGCUAUUCGACAAUAUUCCAUUGAUGUUUCUAUGCUCGUUGUCCAUAGUGAUUUAGAUAUUUUGGGCAGUGGAAGGGUAUUAGCAGGAGUAGGUGUUCUGGACUUGACAAAAUCAAAAUCUAUGUCAUUUUCGCUUGGAAUGCCAAAAUAAGGCGUGUGAUCUAGCACAAAAACUGUUUUGUGAUUGGCUGGGUACAUCUUUGUUAUAGCAUCACUUUAAUCGAUAUGUAUAUUCUUCUCAAAUAGUAUCUGGAAUCAACAAGGCAUAAGUUUGUAUCUAAAAAAAUAUAACCUUAAAAAAUGUAAACAAACCUUUAAAAGUCGCGUAUUUUACGAUAAAUUAUUUUUAGAAAGUAAUGAAUGAAGGUAAAUUAAUGAAAUUCAUUGUUAAAUUAGGAAAAAUUAUAAAUUGUUGUAAAAUAUCGUACGUGAGGUGUCACUAAGACCGCACAUAUCACUGGCUCUGUUUACUUCACCGAAUAAUACGUGUAGGUUAGGUGGAUGUUAUGAAUGUGAAUUGUGAAUCGAGAGAUUACCUAUAUAUAUGUAUGCGGACCGCAGCGAGGAUGGUCUGCUGAUAAAUUCGCCGCGCCCCCAGGCCCCCCCAAAGUCAGAUCCCAAAAUUGUUCAAAAUUGAUUUAUUUAAUAUUUCUUUUCAGAAAGUGUCUUUUAAAUUUCAUUAUUAAUAUUGUAUAUUUCAAUUGAAUAGUGAUAUCGAUCAACAAUUUAAAUUUGCCACGCUAUAUACUGUUGCUCAAUACAACGAAAGUCAAGAGUAUUUAAAUAAAACGAAUAGCUCAUAAUAUGUGCGAUAUGUCACAACUAUUAAUCAAUAUACAGUUUCCAACAAAUUAAUAAAUAUUUAUUUUUAUUUCACGAGUGCAAAACAUUCAUUAAAUAUGAAUAUUUUUUAAAACGAAAGUUGCGAAUUUGACCAUUCAAGAGGGUCGCUGGAAAAAUACAAAUGGCGGAACUUCCUUUCCUACACUUAGGAAAACUCCUAGUGGCAUCACUAAACGUUGACUCGUAAUUCAACCAUAACGUUUAACGAUGUCGGGAGGACUUGACGCGUUAGCCCUCAAAGAGGAUGACGUUACCAAAAUGUUGACUGCCAGUACCCACCUGGGAACUGAAAAUGUCAACUUCCAGAUGGAACAGUACGUCUACAAGCGCCGUGUUGAUGGUGCUGGAAUCAACAUCAUCAACUUGCGCCGCACUUGGGAGAAGCUCCUCCUGGCUGCUCGUGCUAUUGUAGCCAUUGAACACCCCAGCGAGGUCUUCGUCAUCAGUUGCCGUCCAUACGGACAGCGUGCUGUUCUGAAAUUCGCUGCUCACACCGGAGCUACCCCCAUUGCUGGACGUUUCACCCCUGGUGCCUUCACCAAUCAGAUUCAGGCUGCUUUCCGUGAGCCCAGGCUCCUCAUCGUUACUGACCCAGCCACUGACCACCAGCCCAUCACUGAGGCCAGCUACGUCAACAUCCCCGUAAUUGCUUUCUGCAACACAGACUCGCCUCUGCGCUUCGUCGACAUCGCCAUCCCAUGCAACAACAAGGGACCCCACAGCGUUGGUCUUAUGUGGUGGCUGCUCGCCCGUGAGGUUCUCCGCCUCAGGGGAUCCAUCCCGCGUGAAAUCAAGUGGGACGUUGUUGUCGACUUGUUCUUCUACAGAGAUCCCGAAGAGGCUGAGAAGGAAGAACAGGCGGCCAAGGAGCUCGCUCCCGCCGUCAAGGAAUACGUGCCGGUCGCCGACGCCAUGCCGACCGAAAGCUGGGCUAACGGUAGUGACCCCAACGCUCCGGCUACCGAAAACUGGGCCGAUGAUGUUCCCGCCGGACCUGCUGUCGAGGCUGCUGCUGCUGCCCCUGUUGCUGCCGCUGCUACUCCCUUCCCGACCAGCAACGAGUGGAACGCCGCUCCUAUUUCUGAGGAAUGGUCCGCCAGCACACCCGCCGCAGAAAUCGUUCCUACAGCCAGCUGGGGAGGCACCAGCAACUGGUCAUAAACGCGCUUUAUGUACGUGAAUCGUAAUAAAGUCAGUUCUAAAAAAAAUAA